AUGUUCGGCAAAGACCAGAGACCACUCAGAAUGUCCCUCGAACAGACCCUGGAGCAAGAGCGAAAGGAGCUUCUGCGCAAUCUCGAUGGGCUAAAGAGCCCAAAGGCUCCCCGCUCAGACAACUCCAGUCGCCGCGGCAAGAAUCUCAGUCUGCUCAGAAGCAGUACUGGUAGACAGGAGAAGACCGAAGGUGGCCGCCGCGCCUCAGUCAGCAGCCCACUUGCCAGCUCAUCGCCAUGGACCAACACCUUACUCUCAGAAUGGGACGACGGCAUCUACGAGCCCAGCGACGAUGCAAAUGAGGCCGAACCCGAGCGACGGUCGUCGGACAGCGUGACACAGCUAAAGCGCGAGAAGGAGAAGAAGCAGAAAGCGCUGAAGGAUCGAGAGGUCGACAUCGAUGCGGGCUUUUUGUUUGGGAUGCAACCGAGUGUUCCCCACAUCGUCCUUCCGCAGAGACACGGCAGCACCCCCGCCGCCUUCGAACAACUGUCCCCGCGCUACCGCACUCCGUCUCAGUCCCAACCUCAAUUGCAGUCGACUUCCACAUCGAGCGCUGCACCAACACUACAAUCGCGUCGUCUUUCGUCUAAGAAAAACAGCCUAUCGGGCCUCGACCAAGGACUGCCCGUCAACAUGGACAACGAUGCGCUCGACUCCGUCUCCGAAGCCAGUGCGUCACCCACACUCUCCAAAGCCUCGCUCAAUCUCAAUGCAGACUCGGACCGAAGCGGACGUCUCGCCAAAGACAGGACAGAAAGCGCAGAUGAGAAUUCGGAUUCUGCCGAAAGCAGCGACGAUGCAGAUGAUUCGAGUUCCGAAGAGGAGGAUGUUUAUGACAUUCGCAAAGGACCGGUCGGCCCUCGAGGGCGAAGCAAAUCGCCUCGUGGAAGGAGCAAGACAAAACCAGAGCUUUCACCAGGAGAAUCACCUGCUCGCUCACCGGCACCACCCGGUGGUUGGAGUGGGAAGAGAGGACCUGGUCCGCUUCCACCAGGUAGUCCUAGAGUAGGCGGUGCACUGAGUUUAUUCAAUGAGUUAAAUGAAGAGCAAGAAUUAAAUGGCCCUAUCGUGACGCAUCGACGAGCCAACGGACGCCGGACGGUGUUGUCGCCAGGACCUAGAAAAUCCCGCGUCCAUCCACACACCAGCUUCGACCACAAUGGAUCCGGACUCAAUACACCAGUCGGGUCCGACGAGGAAGCGGAUUUGUCAGAUAUCAAACAAGCCCAAAACCUCAGUAUUCAUUUAUCAUCCGUCGACACAACCAUUCCCGACCGAGCGAUCCGAACCAUCAUCAGAGGCGAUUUCCCCCGUCUGCAGCAGGAAGCAGAAGAAGGAUUGCGACGACAACGAAAGUACCUUGUUGCGACGGAUCUUAGCGAGGAGUCCGUAUAUGCGCUUGAAUGGACCAUUGGCACAAUUCUUCGCGACGGUGACACAUUAUUCGCAGUCUACGCCGUAGCCGACGAGAAUGCAUCGGGCGUCGAUCUUAACACCGGCGUUCAAAUUGGCGACGGCGCAACGGUCAUCAAACAUACAACCGAUAUCGUGGGGAAACAAACCGAAAAGACGGCCCAGAGAUAUCAGACUUCUUCGUCAGCUACUACAAGUCUACUUCCGAAUGCUCUCGCGGCUUAUUUCGGCGGUACGGAUAGCAAGGUCAACUCGCGGACCAACUCAGUCGAUUCGCGAGCAUUGUCACGGGCUGAGCAGGAACGUAUGCGUGCUGUCGAGGAUAUAUCGAAUACUUGUGUGCGAUUGCUGAGGAAGACGAUGCUGCAAGUGCGUGUUGCGGUGGAGGUGAUUCAUUGCAAGAGUCCGAAACACCUGCUCACGGAGGCUAUUGAUGGUCUUGAACCAACCCUCGUGGUCCUCGGAUCCCGCGGCCGCAGCGCUCUCAAAGGAGUAUUACUAGGCUCCUUCUCAAACUACCUUGUCACAAAAUCCUCCGUCCCGGUAAUGGUAGCCCGCAAGAAGCUCAAGAAACAUACCAAGCAUGCUCGAAUCCGACUAUCAAACAAUCUCACCACUCCUAGAGGGUUGGCUGGCGCGAAGAUUGAUUAA